CUACCUACAAAAAUUUGUAUGGUUUCGGGAACGCAUUGCACAUUCUAGUUAUUUCAAUUGCUUCAACAUGGAUUAUAAGGCGAAAAGAAACAAAAGGGCACAAAUCAACAACGCCGCUUCAGAUAAGUCACCACAAGCUGCCGGCCAAAAUAAUUACCAACACAACGGAUUCAAAAAAGAUAUGAAUAUUUCACCAAAGCAAAAUGCUGUCAACCAUUCUGCCGGUACUACUUUUCAAACCGGCGAGUGUAUUGCUUGCCGUAAGACAUCAAUAUGUGUAUGUGAACGGUGUGGAGAUUAUUACUGCUCACCGGAUUGCCAAAAGAAAGAUUGGCAAAGCCAUAGAUAUAUAUGCUUCCCAAUGCCAAAAUUGGUUCAACCAUCAUCAGUCUUGUCAACGGACGCUGUGUAUCCUGUCAAUGCGCCAUUAUUAACUGUUAACCAAAUUUCGAAUGCCAAUAAUAUUCAACGUACUCAACAACAACCACAGAAUUCUCGAAAUAAUUCUCAACAAAGUCAUAGCUUGAUGGGACAUCCACCAUUCUCAGAUACCGAUGGACAACAACAACAAGCAAAUAUUAGAGCACCACAGAAGGCUAAUAAUAAAGAUGCAAAACAAGCGAUCAAACACACCACAACAGCUACUAUACCAACGGUAGACCUACCCAAGCCCAAUAGUCAUGUAACUUUGACCGGGUUUCGAACACCAAACCGUUGUUAUGUGCGCGCUGUCAAUCCGUCCGUUGACGAUGACUCCAUGUUGAAUGCACGAAAAAUUGAUGUUUAUGGCAAGGUUGCAAAACCUCUUGACGCAAUGCCCAAGCUGCACAGUUAUGCCAUAGCACCUUAUAACGGUGUUAUGCAUCGUGUAGAAGUGUUAUUUGUACGUAACCCCGCCAACAUUCGUGUGCUCUUUAUUGAUCGCGGUGUAAUUGCGACACGAAAUCUAAGGGAUUUGCGUGAAAUUUCCGAUGAAAUUAUAUCGCUUAAACAAUAUACAUGUUUGAUACAAAUGCGCAAUGUGUCCAAUUAUGUGUUGAGUGAGAAAUUGACAAAACAUUUUGCCCGUUACGAGGACCAAGACUUCAAAAUAAAAUAUGAUCGCGUCGAAAACGGUGUGGAGCUAUUGCAUUGGCAAAAUGAAAAAUCAUUAAAUGAUGAAGUUGAGCAGUUUUGUAAGGAAUCAGGCGCUGAGGUUUGGUCUGAUGCUGUACGCAGCAGACAGAAUACUGCUAAUAAGAAUACUAAUGCGAAUGUUAAUAAUGCUAAACAACAAAAUUCAGCAGGCGACAGCCAAAAUGUGGAUGAGCCACACGAUGACCAAUUCUAUGCGCUUGAACCAGGCUCGUCCGCAGGGAACUCACAUGUAAGUGUGCAGCAGAAGCAAUCUAUACAAGAAGAUCGUAAUGGCAUAAAAGAAGAGAAGAAGAACGAAAGUGUCGUUGAAGUAGAACAUCCGACGAUGAGAGCGCCUUUCGAAAUUAACUACUUCAAAGUGGAUUGUGCCCCUUUCAAGGCGGUUGUGCUUGAUGUAUCCUGCUUAGAAAUCGGUUAUUUGGGCUGUAUCGCUCAGCAUGAUUUGGAAUGUCUACAGAUUGUUCAUAAGCAGUUGGAGUCCAUAACAGUAUCUGAUAAACCUUAUAAGCCGCAAUUGGAGGAGUAUUGCAUCGCAAAAUUUGAAGGAAUGUGGUAUCGCGCUCAGGUAAUCGAUAUACCUAAUGAAUCCGAGUACACCGUGAUGUAUAUCGACUUUACGAACGAAGCAACUUUGACUAGCGCCGAUAUACGCCACUUUCCUGCAAGCGUAACAGGGGCAUGCAAAACAAGUCUAUGUUUAAUUGAUGGCUUGCCAACAGAUUUGAGUGCUGAGCUUAUAAGAUUUUUGAAUGAAGAAAUUCAACUGCAAACUGUCAUUACCAUUGAUCGUGUGAAGAAUAUCGAUGAGCAAGUAGUAGUUGUUGAAUGUAAGAGUCUUUUGGACAAAAUUCGACAAAAUAAUUUGCUAACUUAAAUUCUAUAAGUGCGCAAUUAUCGCUGGGACGAUAUAUAAUCUGAGCAAUGAUUCUUAUUAAAAAAUUGCUUAGCCUCCCACUAUUAUGAACACUCGCUUCGAGAAAUACAAUAUGUAAUUUUACAUGGAAGUUAAUAUACUUCCCCUAUCUUACUGAACAGUUGCAACACCGCAUAAUUGUUACAAAUCCUUCUACAUUGAUUAUAGCGAGUAUUUUUUCUUUAAUAUUAUAUAUUUUUUUUAUACAUUACACCCACUUUUUUUAUAAUAUUUUAUUAUACAUGAUGCAUGCAACGUACGUGACCGCUCCAAUACGAUUUUAAGACUUUUCUAUCUCAAUCCUUAUAUAACACACAUCGGUAGAUCCGUGAAACUGGAGCCUUUUGUCACUUUUGGUCUGCAUCCUUGGAAUAUUUUGGUUUCGAAGAAAUUUUUUCCUUAGCUACAUAAAUUUUGAGAUGUAGCAUUUUAUUAUGCCUAAAAAUUUGUAAAUGAAAAAAUAUAUAUUAAGGGGAAGUACAGUUAUCCCUCUCUUGAAAGAAAAUCACUGCACGGCCAUGCUUUUCUUUUCAUUUCAUCGAUAAUAUUUUUAAGAAUAUUGCAUGCAACUAAAGAUUAUCCAACUUUUCGGAAAUUAAUUCUGGUUCGCAUUUCAAAAAGUUUACAAAUCCCUGAAAUAUGUACUAUGUGGUUUAAGAAUGAAAUAUAAUAUUCGAUAACCGUAUCUUCACAUAUUGUUAUAUUACACUAAAUAUGAAAUUCAUAUUCGUUCAAUGAAAUUUCAACUACUGAAAAUUUAUAUGUUAUUUCACUAAUGAAGUUCGCUAAAGAAAGCAAACAAAUGCAAUUUAAUGCCCCUAUUAUGUGUGGUAUAAUAUACAAGGGCUAUUCGACUAGCCCUGGCAACUAUAACAGUAAUUUAUAUUAUGUAUGGCAAUCUUGUCUACACAAUCCAAAAUGUAGUACAUGAUUGCUAAAAGUCUUCCGUUUUUAAGGGCCCCCAUUCCUUCUUGUCAGAGCAACGCGGAAGAGAGCACCACUGAUCUAACCCAUUACCUUGUUACUCCAGCAACGCAGAAGGAAGCGUUACUGACCUAACCUACUGUGUUUGCUUAGGGUUUAACACUCUGUGACCUCGUCCACUCAGCUAAUUUGCAAAAGAUGUGCGUGCGUUGCUUUUCGGUGUUUUCGACUUUUUGCCACCAUUGCCUGUUACGUGUUGACUAUGUUGACAGCAACGUCGAAAAAGUCGUCGCUCUAUGGUGUAGAGAGAUUUCAGAUUAGUGAUGAAAUCUCUCGUGCAUAUCUUAAUCCUAUGUACAUCUUUGGUAAACCGGUUGACAAUGGUAACAGCCGAAUUUAUGGUACAACAUUCAUGUGCGAAUUCAUACAACGCUAGUAGAGCUAGGAAGAUGUCAAUACACUAACUGUCAAUGUCCUUUAGAACGUCAGCUUAUUAUGUUGCAGUGUUAGACUUUAGGGUUUUGGGUUUUGGUUAAUAUUGUUUUUAUUUCCGCGACAUAAAAUAUUCUCCAAAUAGUUUUGGGGAGUCUUGUUGAGGUCCAGCAGUUCCGCUGCUGGAUUUUCUGCUAGCAUAUGUCGUUGAAAAACUACUGAUUCUCAAUUCCAGCUCUUCUAGUGGCUGCCAUCAACACACCUUUCUCCUUUCGGUCUUCUUUGUUGGUCGCUGGUAUACUAUUUAUCACUAACAGCAAUCAGACAAUGCUGUUCCUGCCUUUUUCAAGUCUGCAGAUUUCAAAGCACUCGUUGCUAAAGUAUGUUAACUCAAAUCGCCUUGCGUUUGUUAGGUUAUGUUCUGGCGGAUUCAAAAAUUAUAUUGUAAGAAAUGAAAUCGUAAUAACAUACAAAAACGUUACUAAUGUAACACAUAUGCAUGUAAGACAAACAGAUUGUGAACUAUUUGAUAUUUGAAUGCAAAAUUGAGAGAUAAAAUCAAAAAUACUGUAAUAAAGAUGAAAUGUUUGGUUACAAAA